GUGUUAGCGAGCGCGCGCUCCGUUACUCCUUCUGUCGGUAAUAACCGAAUGACCUUUUCCUCCUCGUGUAAUGUCUCACUGGUGAGGGAUUGGGUUUGAAGAUAAUAAAGCUAGGCUUCACUAUUCCUCGUUCCUCACUCACUGAUGGGCAAGUUGUUGUGAGCUUUCUCAGAGUACUCAAUACAUGACGAGAACACCUGUAGCUUUUGGUGCGAACUACUACUCGUAGAUGAUCCAUGUGGACCUCAUUAUUUUCAGCCUGAAGAUCACUCUUAUCCGCGGUGCAAUGUCAGAUUCGUGAACUUUUGCUCCGAGGAAUAUUGAGUUGGAGUCGGUGCUCUAUCCUAAGUUAACCUUCUGCAUAACUUGGUCAAGAAGGUAUACAAAUGCUCUCCGUCCAGCCGGACACCAAGCCAAAGGGCUGUGCCGGCUGCAACCGGAAAAUCAAGGACCGUUACCUUCUGAAGGCCUUGGACAAGUACUGGCACGAAGACUGCCUCAAGUGCGCCUGCUGCGACUGCCGACUCGGCGAGGUGGGCUCCACGCUGUACACCAAAGCCAACCUCAUCCUCUGUCGGAGGGACUACCUACGGUUGUUCGGUGUGACAGGGAACUGUGCGGCUUGCAGUAAACUCAUCCCAGCAUUCGAGAUGGUCAUGAGAGCCAAGGAGAACGUCUAUCACCUGGACUGCUUUGCCUGCCAGCUGUGUAACCAGAGGUUCUGCGUUGGAGACAAGUUCUUCCUGAAGAACAACAUGAUCCUGUGCCAGACAGACUACGAGGAAGGACUGAUGAAGGAGGGCUACGCGCCGCAGGUCCGCUGACCACCCCACGACCCCGCUGCUCGCAGGAGGGGAAAGAGCUGCGAGAGGACCUGAAGGGGACAUGCAAUCAGACAUAAGAAGCACUAGUAUCCUCUCCAGCCCCUGUCCCCGUUACAUUGUAUAUACGAAGAGCCCACAUAAGGGACGGUGUACUGUACAGUUUAGCCAUAGACGUUUUUGGUAAGUGGGAGAAUGUUCGAAGGCGGACCAAGACUGAUGCUGCCUGACGGCUUUAUGAAGACCAGACAUCUCAAUGGCCCGACUUUUGUGAACUUUAACACACACAAACGUACAACCCCAAGUCCACAUCGCAAUUGCAUUUCACUUGCUUUACAGGGUGAAGACCACAUAGUAAAAAAAAAAAAUCCAGUAUUUAUUGGUGAAUGAGAAGGAGCCUUGUCAACAUAAGAUCUCAGGUUGAAUGGGUUUCCUCAUUGUCCUUUCUAUUUUUCGUUUUCAUCGUGUCUUAAUUGCGUUUCCAGCAACAAGCUAUUUGGGUAAACACAAACAGCCAAUCAGAAGA